UUCGGCUGCCGCCUCCGCUUCAUAAUACUAAACAGCGCUGUUUCUGACUCAAGGAGCAGCGAAACAUGUCUGAGUGCGACGGGCAGAACCGUUAAAUAGCAACAGCCACCUGCAGUCACCUCGACAGUUCGUCAAUUCGACCGACUGCUAUAUGAUUCCCGUCGCGUUAACGGCCGACAACCCAGGAAGAUGCGGCAGAAAGCACUGGGAUCCAUUGUAGGUCUUCUUUGUACCGGGACCUGUCUGGUGCAGGCGAAGGAGUUCUGUUUUGGGGUAAACAAUGAACAGUACCGCUGUGAGAUGGGGUACUGCUGUGGAGAGACAGAGUGUUGCACCUACUACUAUGAACUCUGGUGGUUCUGGUUAGUAUGGACCCUGAUCAUCAUGCUGAGUUGCUGCUGUGCCUACCGACACCGGAGGGUUAAGAUGCGCCUGCAGCAGGAGCAACGUCAACGUGAGAUCAGCCUCAUGGCCUACCAAGGAGCCUCAAGCUCCUUCAUUUCCCCUCCACCACUCAGUCUAAGGUUCUGGAACGACUGCAAGCUUCCUGACUAUGAAGAGGUGGUAGGCCACCCCCCGACACCACCCCCUCCUUACUCUGAAAACCCUCCUGAGACUGCUCCAGCGCUCCCUCCACAACUGCGCCAGCAAGACGCUGCCUCAGUGCCACAACCCCUGGCGGAGGCAGACCCAAGGUUGAACAGUCAGGCCACAGGCUCCUCAUCAGAACAGGAAGCAGUUUCCAUGCUGAUCCAAGCACAGUGUCUGGAAGAGGAGAAUGCAGAGGCUUCAUUGACGGCGGCAGAGGAAGAUGAGGAGCUUGUCACUCGGCGUCGGCAUGUGACCGGCGAUUCAGGGAUUGAGGUCUGCGUUUGCCAGCUAGACGUAGACGAGGGCUCGGGGCUAGAGGAGGAGAGCGACGAGGAGCACAGAAUGUGCAAGGUCACCGGCGGGGACUGCUGCCCCGGGCAUCAGCAGCAAACCUUCAGACAGAAGGAGCACACCUCUGAGUUGCCCAGCCAGACCGCCAGCACCAGCACUGGAGACCACAUGGUGUGAUCCAGAGCGUAACAGAGGCAUGACGUUAAGAUGAUGAUGAUGAUGAUAACUAAUCUUUAAUGGCUCCUGAUUAGGAAAGAUGAAUAACACAUUAUGUGGACAGACUCCUGGCUUAAUUUUUUUUUGCUUUGCUUUUCCUUAGUGGGAAAAACCAGCAAACACACAUUGAUGCACCAUUUGGUAUUUUUUUUCUUAGUGUUAAGUGACAGAAUGUCAUUGGAUAGUGAGAAGGCAGCAAUAGAUUGUGACUGAAAUCAGAAUUGACUGUUUCCCUUGUUCCUACCCUAUCCUUGAGCUCUGCUGUCAUGUUUCCGUUUCUGUCUCACCACUCUGCUUGGUCAGAACAUUUCCGGCCAUCCUUCCAUCUGACAUUUUACCUCUGGUGGGAUGGUCAGUAAGGAGCAUACCAACACGGUCAACAACAUUUCCCCCUGUCCCCACAGUGACUAAGCAGAAGAAUCAAAAACAAACCUCUUGAAAACUUAAGAUAAUACUGGAUAAAUUGAGAUGAACACACAUUUUGUUUUCCCCAAAGCUACAUGCGUGUGAGAGUGUGUGUGCGCGCUGUGAAAGCUAGGGUACAGCUGCAGAGUGAUGUCAGCUCUGAGGUCAUGGCAACCAGCAUCUGGUGUCCUCUGGUCUCCUCUGGUCUGUGGGAUGUUUCGCAUCUAGAUUGGGGGCAGACUAAACACUCACAAAUAACAGAGGCAGGGACAGGAAAGAGCUGAGUUUUUUUGUUUUGUCUCUGGGUUUUAAAUGUCAUACAUGCAGCACUUUUUCCUUUUUAAUAUCCAUACUGUGGUCUGUGGUCAGUUAGCAUAGCUGAAAGUACGGAGUGAUCAGCUUUGUAUGAUUUAUUGAUUGUGUGCAUGUGACCUCCCUAUUCUGGAUUCUGAAUGCAUUUAAUUGAUAGUAAUUGCCAAAAGGGCUAUUUUUUUUUUUUUUUUUAAUUCAAUGAGAAGCCUAUGUUAGCAUUACGUCAGAGUGAGUGUACUGCUCAGAAUAUAGUUUGGAUGUUAAUAACAAAGGAUGUACUUGCUCUUGUUCCUUCAUUUCAUACCCAGCUGUGCUUCAGUAAAUGCCACUGGUGUCAUUAAUUGCAACAAAGCUCCUUAUGGGGGCUGCUAGAGUGCGUACUAGUGAGUGGAUGUUUUAGUGCAUUCGGGAACGGUUGUGUGUGUGUGUGUGUAUCUUUAAAGUGCUGUAGUAUCUGGUUGAAAUACCUACUCAGCAGUAAGGCGGAUUAACAAUUAAAGCACUGUUUUUUGCAUGAGGCAUGAAUUUCUGUGUUUAUAUUGGAGUUGAUUAGCAUUUUCGAGCCGUUGUGCUACUUGCUUUGCUCAUCUGUUUGUCAAAAUGAUAAUGAGCAACAGUAGCUACACAAGUCCUUACCUAAAUAUUUGGUUAAAGAAAUGGACUGAGGUUUAAGUUGAGAUGCCCUGGAUCCAGUUUCAGUGUGUUGUCACAACUGUGUGAGCCACGCUAUGCUGCUUUGCAGUGUUGGUAGCUAUUUAGCUGGUGCUGUCUCUGCUCUCUUUGGCCUCUAUAGCUCUUGGCAGUGUGAGGGAUUUGCAGUGGUAUUUUCCAUUGGCAGCAGAGGGCGGGUGCAUCAGAAAGUUUAGGGGGAUGCAGGCUCUGUCUGCAGUCUAGUCAGUGAUGGCAUAGCGGCAUAAUCUAUUGUGAUUAACUGCAUCCCUCUCUGCCUUGCAUGUUGCUUGCCUAGUAUACUGUACAGUAUGUAUUCAAAGCAUAUUAGUUGAAUUGGGUGUUGUCAGGUAGGAAUACGACAGCAAAAUAAAACUUUUAACUUUGUUACAAGAUAAAAGUCUGUGCAAGACAAGCAGUAAUUGAUAAGUCAGUAAAUGUUUCAUUGAGAAUUUAUUUUGGAACAACGUUCAAUAACUUUUUAUUUGUCUCCUCUGAUACUGUGUGGAAAAAAUGGGCACAGUGUAAAGACUCAGGUCAGUCAUUCUGCUUCACAGCACACACGCUCAAGGUACUGCCCCUGAUUGGUCUAUAUCACAGUAACAAUGUAAAACUCAAUGUUGCGAUAUUCCAUGAUCUAAAUGAAUUCAUCAAAGGUAAAAAUGCCCCAAACAGUCUCUAAGAGUCUCUUGGCUGAAUUAGCAAUUUAAACUUCCAACUGUUACAAACAUGUACUGUGGCUUUUUUUUUUAGUUUUUUUUUUUUAAUGUAGCUAUUAACCAUACAUUCCCAUCCGGCAAAGUAGGGAGUAAAUGCUAACAUUUCAUGCUUGUUGGAUAUAUUUAUUCAGACACUGAAAUUGCUUGGCAUGUCUCUUUAUUUUCAGCACUGAUUGAACUCUGACAAGGACACGUUUAGGAAAUUCUUGGCCUCUUAACAGGACUUGACACUGGGUUCUGCACAUAAAUGUGUAUAAUUUUGGGAGCCAUGCAGCCCAGCGGCCCAUGGAACAGUUUCCUUUUUCCUCCAACUAGCAGCAGCCCAGAGCGCCGUUCUGGUCAUGGUUGUGUUUCUUGUUUCUGUGUUCUACCAUUUGACCUACUUACUGUUGUGGCUAAAACAUGGGAAAACAAUAGAAGUGGGUCAGUGCAACGAAUAUGUGAAUAUAGACUGAAACAAAAUGAAUGCACAGCUGCCUAAGGCUUAAAUUGAAAGUCAAUUUAAUUUCAUGUUCAUUAAUUAGGUCAAUCAAACAUGCUGUUAGCCAGUUUUGCAAGCACUAGUGUUAGGUUUGCACUUCUUGUGUUCCAUAGUUGAGCAGGUGCGUAAAUAUGAAACCAUACUAACAUGACAAUGACCUUUUCUGAGAAGCUGUUACACUGUGAGCAUGACUGCACACCCAUUAGCAGAAGUAAUAUAAGGCAUUUUUUGACCAAAACACCUCAAGCUGCCUUGCUGCAUUUCUAGAGAGCAAAUGUCUUGUUUAUGGAAUUGCACAAUAAAAAUAUAGCCUCUGUAUGCGGAAACAGAUGUGCUACUGCCUUAUUAAAGUAGGUGUAGUUAAGUGGGUUUGCUCUGGAUUUCUUUUGAACGGUAAUAUUCGUGUUGUUCCAGGCAUGAUUGCUUCAGAGCAGGGGAGUGUUUUUGUAACAACAGAAAAUAGCAGCUGAGCUUGUCCUGAGAAAGUAUGCUCGCUUUGUGAGACAAGGAUGUGGUUUAUAAACAGUAUAAGGCCACAAGAUUUAAACUGUAACAUGUUCUGUGGAGUUUUACUUACAUUGAUUCUGAGGGGCGGUUGUGUUGAAUUUAAAAUACUGUGUGUCUAGUUAGUUGUGGCACUGAUGGAAUUUGUCAAGACCAGAUUGUUGAGUUUGUGCUCACUCUGUUUUUGUUCCAUAGAUCUGGUUGCAAUUAGUCUGUGAACGUAACUGUUUUGAAAGCAUGAGGAAAAAUAAGUUAAAAAAAAAUAUUCUCAUUUAUGUUUUCUAUGGUCUCUUUGUGAUACAUCCUAUUGUGUUUUGCAAUUGGAGUACAAAAAUGAACUCCGACAACAGAUUGCUUUGUGACCUUUUUGCUAACAUGCAGUUUUGCUUAUUUGUAUACAUAUGUAGACAAAAUAACAUGGGAGGGGGGUGAGAAAUGAGGGAUAGAUGGUUCUCUUUUGCAUGAGUGAACUGGAGGUGCGUAGUUUUCCCAUUGCCAAACAAAUCCUAUGCCUCCCUGGUUUUCACGAUUACCGAGAUUAAGGGCUAUAUCAGUGAUCAACCGGACAUCCAUCCAUCCAUCCAUCCAUUUUAUUGAGUAAUUUGUCUGCUCUGUGCUGUUCAUGUAAAGCAACAGUUGCCGAGAUCCAACAUCUGAACAUGGUCAGAAAUUUGCAGUGUGAACAUGGUCAGUGUUUGGAUGUGGAUGUCCUUAAAUGUUGUGGCGGAGCUCAUAUUUAACAAUAGCUGAUUGUAAAUGACCAUGUAUGUUUGUUUUAUAGGCUCUUACUUUGCCUUUUUGGUUUUGUCAACCUCAACAGAGUUGCGUGAUGUGACACCCCCCCCCCUUCCCUGCCCAAUGAGAAUGAUUUUUCUUAUGUAAUUAGUUGCAUGCGUGGUUGUGACAGGAGUUUUUGCUUUGGUCCGUUGGGUCUUUGUGGACCAUGACUCCACCCUCCACUAGGCUCUGUCUUGGUAACAGAAACUGUAGCCAACGCUGUAGCUGAUUGUUUUUCGCAGCUGCACCACUCUGCAUGUGGACCCUUGGUAACAGGAGGGCACAUCCACCCGUGCAGAAGUGUCGACAGAAUAAUCUACCAAAGUCGCUGCCAUCUCCACGCUACACGGAUCAUCGUUGUUUUCACCGCUCUGUGUGUGUGUGUGUGUGUGUGUGUGUGUGUGUGUGUGUGUGUGUGUGUGUGUGGUUGUUGGCAUGACAACGGCCGGUCUGGUUUCCCACUCUCAGGGUCGUCUUUAACAAGCAGUGCUUGAGUUUUAAAUUAACACAUUUUUGACCCAACAGUCUCAUAAAGCCAAAGCAGUUGUUUCAUGGUUAUUGUCUGGCUUUAUUUACCAUUACACAUCUCUAUAGUGUAUUGUACUUUACUCAACUAGGCUAUGCAAAAACAUAAACCUCCUGUUAUAUGCUGCGAUUCCUUUUCUCACUUUUUCUAUCAUUUAUCUGUGGGCACCAAUACAAGCAAUAUAACUCUCAGUACUUGUGGCACUGCACUGUACUGUAAUCUACUUUGGUUGGUCUGUGUACAUAUUAAAAAAAAACAAACAAAAAACUUAUGAAAAAAAAUAGACUUGUAAUGCUACUACAAUGAUGUAGUGAGUAUGUGUGCUUCAGUGUCAGCUGAGGGGCUUUGGAUUUAAAAGCCAUUAUACUUUAUAUAUUAUUUUUUCCCUCUUUUUGACUUUUUCCUGUCUGCCUCCUCCACCACUAACGCUUUCUACUCCUGACUUAUGAAUAAACCACAUUAUUCAGUUGUAUAAGCCGAAGGAAAAUGUUGAAUAUAUUAUUUUUGUUGGAUGAAUUCUUAUUUGAUAUCUUUGGCCUGUUCUGAAACUUUUCCAUCCCUCAUAUGUUGCACUAAUAUAAUGUGUUGGGUUUCUCAGUUUUAACAACAGCUUUCUCCUUUUUCCAUUUAAUAUUUAACUGUUGCCUUCUAAUCCAGUUAUUAUGACACCGUCAAUUUCUAAAAUUUUAUAUAUUAUGCAUAUGAAAGACCUCAACAUGGAACACAGUCAGCUUACAUUAGACCAGCACACAGGAAUGAUACAGGAAUGACUUGUUGACCCCACAACACUGAACUUGUGAAAGCAAAAAUAUCCCCAUUAUCAGUGAUUGUUUCUGUCAAGCAACCUGGAACCUGAACUUUAUAUCUCAACCACAGAUAAUACCAAACAGAUGGAGUUGCCCCAGUUGAGCUAUGUGGUUUUUUUUUUUCUUUUUGGCCAAAAUGAGAAACACCCUAGUUUGAGAAGGAAGCAGGCAUCUACAAACACACCAGACUCUUUCUACAUUGUUUUCCCAAUAACUUUAAACAAGCCAAAAUGAGUGAAGUGAAAAAAGGAAAAAAAAA